UCACGGCUCAGAACACUCAGUUCUGACAAGGAUGGCAGCAGGUAUUAUGCUGAAUUCAUUUUUUCCCCCUGGACUUGUCAACACGAGAUGCAAAUGAGGGGUGCAGGUGACCUCGUUUGCAUAUCGACGUGAAGGACCUGGCGGAGCAGAGAGGGGAGCCACCGUACCUCCUCCCGCUGCAUGAGCUGGUGGUCCACGCGGCGCAAAGCUCCGUGUCAGUGAGAGGAAUCAGAAGGGCUAGAGCUCAGGUGGACCCCUGGCAGACGAGGAGCCAAGAUCUGAGAGCUCAGGUGACAGCACUACUGGCAGGACCUUUGAUCUUCAGCCAAAGAACAGGAAGCGGCUUGGACGGACGUGAUGAAUUUCAGGACCCUCUUGUUCUGCCUGUCUUGGCUGUGUUUCCAUUUAGACACCUGCCGGUCCCAAGUGGUAAAGGAUGAGAAGCCCAAUAUUGUCCUGGUAAUGGUGGAUGACCUUGGCAUUGGAGACCUGGGUUGCUAUGGCAACGAUACCCUGAGGACCCCUCACGUGGACCGCUUGGCCAGGGAAGGUGUGCAGCUGACUCAGCAUAUCUCAGCAGCUUCCAUGUGCACGCCCAGCCGAUCUGCUUUCCUGACGGGAAGAUACCCCAUCCGAUCAGGAAUGGCUUCUAAUAGAACUUCCCGUGUCAUCACAUCUCUUGGAGUCCCAGCCGGACUCCCUCUGAAUGAAACCACCUUCGCAGACUUACUCAAGAAGCAGGGCUAUCGCACAGCAAUCAUAGGCAAAUGGCAUCACGGCUUGAAUUGCCACUCCCGGAAUGACCACUGCCACCAUCCCUCCAAUUACGGGUUUGAUUACUUCUACGGCAUGCCGUUCACUCUGGUCACCCCUUGCUGGCCGGAUCCUUCCCGUCAGACAGAAUUAGCCAUCGAGAGCAGAGUCUGGCUCUGUGUGCAGCUGAUCGCCGUGGCAGCGCUCACCUUGGCUUUGGGGAAGCUUAGCGGCUGGAUUUCCGUCCCCUGGUCCCUCAUCUUCGCCAUGGUCCUGUUUAUCUUUCUCCUGGGCUACUUCUGGUUUUCCAGCUUUCGCUCCUCUCUCUACUGGGAUUGCCUCCUCUUGCGAGAGCACAAGAUCACCGAGCAGCCGAUGAAGGCAGAACGGGCUGGGUCUAUCAUGCUGAAGGAGGCGCUCUCGUUUUUAGAAAGGCACCAGGAAGGACCUUUCCUCCUCCUGUUCUCCUUCCUGCACGUCCACAUCCCUCUCCCCACGACGGACGCAUUCAUCGGGGUCAGCAAACACGGCUUGUAUGGGGAUAACGUGGAGGAGAUGGAUGCCAUGCUGGGCAAGCUUCUCGGCGCCAUCGAUGACUUGGGUCUGACAAACAGCACCCUUGUCUACUUCACGUCCGACCACGGAGGACACCUGGAGUCCAGGCUGGGCCACGCCCAGCUGGGAGGCUGGAACGGGAUAUACAAAGGUGGCAAAGGAAUGGGAGGCUGGGAAGGCGGGAUUCGUGUUCCUGGACUGAUCCGGUGGCCUGGAAGGUUGCCGGCUGGAAAAGUGAUUGAGGAGCCCACCAGCUUAAUGGACAUCUUCCCAACUCUGGCUGCAGUGUCCGGAGCAACUCUGCCGCAAGACAGGAUUAUAGAUGGAAGAAACCUCCUGCCCUUGCUGCAGGGUGAUGUCCAGCGCUCAGAGCAUGAGUUUUUGUUUCACUACUGCGGCACUUUCCUGCACGCCGUCCGCUGGCAUCCAAACAACAGCGAGGCUGUGUGGAAGGUGCACUAUGUGACCCCAGUAUUCCAGCCGCCAGGGGCACAGGCCUGCUACAAGACCAUCUACUGCAGGUGUUCAGGGGAACUGGUCACCUACCACAACCCUCCUCUUGUCUUCGACCUGUCCAGGGACCCCUCUGAGUCCACCCCUCUGACGCCAGACACGGAGCCCCUGUACGACGUUGUAAUCAGGGUGGUGGCAGAUGCCCUGGCCAAACACAAGAAAUCCAUUCUCCCAGUGCUGUCACAGCUCUCAGAACUGAAUCGUGAUAGCGUGUGGCUGAAGCCCUGCUGUGGGGUGUUCCCGUUUUGUCUGUGUGACAAUGAGGGGAACGCCUAAGCCGUGGGGUCAGGCAGAGGUAGUGGUUGAGGGCAGGCAGUGAGGGUUGCCUGCUGGCGCAUGUUCUGGCAGGGAUGGAAUGAACUGGGGAACAAUUCUACCAUCUCAGAAAGAGCUGCUGCAGCUGAACACACUGCCUCAGUCCUCUGACACCCAUGAAGCCUUGGAGGCAGAGUUUUGGGUGAAGCAAAAAGAAUAGCUGUAUGGCUCUGCCAGGGAGAGGAGGCCACCAGCAGGCAAAUGCUUCCAAACUGUGUGUCCUCCCUUGAGAGGGGACAGCAAGGGGUUUUAUGGGUUUAGUUUGAAAAAUAGCAUUAUUGAUUAAGGUGUCUAUAUUAUUCUCCCUACUUAUAUUAUUUCAGAAUCUUCAAGUCUGGCAUUGGGGGGCCUGGUGAUGGUUUCUGGUUGUCUUCAGUUCUGCCUUCUCUCUGGAAAGAAGAUUGCUUAUAGGGAAGGGGUGUUAGGGCUGUUCAAUUACAGAAGAAAACACUAGAUGCAAUAAAACACUUGGUGCAAUAGAACUCUUAACUGGAAAGUAACCAUGAAUAAAAGAAAGCAAUUCA